AUGUCCUCUCCACGCCAUGACGUUUCCAAUACUGCCACUCAGCUAACGACUGCCACGCACCUAGUAAUAUUACAACAUGGAUUGCUUGGUAGUAAACAUGACUUUGCUCAUUUUGUAAAGAUCUUUUACACUUACUUCAGAUCCAAAGAUUUUCUUUAUCUGCACGCGAGCGAAAGCAACGGGUCGAGGUUUUUCCAAACCUACGACGGUGUGGAUCAAGGCGGUGAGCGCUUGGCUGAUGAGAUUCAGGAUUUGGCAAAGAAAAUGCCAAACUUAGAGAAGUUUUCCAUGAUUGGACACUCACUUGGUGGUCUGUACAACCGCUACUGCAUUGGAGUAUUGCUAAGCCGUGGAUUCUUUGAUAAAAUUGAGCCAAUGAAUUUUGUGACAUUAGCAACACCACAUCUUGGAAUCCGUCGUCCUCGUCGUGGUGCAACCAAUGCCAUAUAUAAUGCGCUUAUGCAGAAUAUAUUUAGUCGAACCGGGGCACAGUUGACACUGACAGAUGCUGCAACGAAGAAAACCGAGGCGCUCAGCCAUUCGUCGAACGCGUACCAGGGCAAGCAUUUCCAUCCAUCGUGGACGGACGAAAGUGGAUUGCUGCUAGUACGUCUUCCCAAUUUAGGGAAGCGACACGACGAUGCUCAAGAGGCGUUUGAGCUGUUUAAGUGCGUCCUCAGCGGUCGAAAGCUACAAGUUUUUGAGAGCAAGGAGGAGGCUGACGAAAACAAUAUAAAGCUGGAGAUCGACCUGUGCUGCACUGAUGUGCAGAUCAUACUACCCAGUGGACGGAACAUCGGCGAUGGCUCCAAUCUUUACUCGAGUUUUAUCGGAUGGGGGGAACAAGAAGAAAACGGAAAUUCCAACAGAUCUGGAAACUUCGACAUCCAGAUCCGUUGGCCUACUCGCACGAAAAAAUCAACGGAUUCCCGCCUCUGCGUGCUCCGCAUUCUCGAAGACAAUAUUCAUCGCGAUUGGAAAUGGCUCGUUGCUCUUAGCAACGCUUGCUUUGGUGUACGCUGUCUAGCUACAACUGAAAGUACAAACGCGCUGAAGCAGCAAACUUCUGCCAUACCACCUCUCCUCAGCUGCUUGACUAGAGGACAGUUCAUGCAGGCGUUGCAGAUGUUCAAAGUGCGCACGCUGUACUCGAACAUAUUCUUCGACAUGCAGGUGCCGUACACAUGCGCGGCGGUACGAGCAUUUAACCCGUACCGCUCCGGCUUGAAAAAGCCCCUGAUGUCUCCCAUGUACCCCCACAUCGCGUUAGACUCUCUCAAGAGUGCGGAGAAACUGCGAGAAACAAUUCCUUUUAAGGUGAAGCGUCUCGCCAUGAAGCACCAAGCAUACAAGCGAGCAGCUCAGGUAUCAACUUUGGAUCCUGAGGAACAGCCGCAUAGUGAUCACGAUGUUGAAGGAAGUAACAUCAGAAGUGGCACAAGCAAUCAAAGCAGCAGCCACGACAACCGCCACGCAUCUGGCUCUCGAAGGCAUUCUACAUCAGCUUCCUGUGAUAGCGGUCGACGGCGUCACCUCUUUCAUGACCGUCGUCGCGGAAAUUCUGCUUGCAGUACGCCUUCACACUGUUCUACUGGGUCUCGCCCGGUACCUUUUGUCGAUGGUGACGUCAUUCUAGAUCAGCUUCCGUACGCUUUCAAGGCUGACACUGAACAAGAUGAGCUGCGUGGCAUGCUGCUAUCUGUACAAAGUCUCGGCUGGCGGCGUAUCGACGUGCUGUUUGGAGGUGUAAUGGCACACGAGCACAUAAUUGCCAAGCGAGCAAACCUAAACAAGCCAUUUGACUCGGGCGUUGACAUUGUGCACCAUAUUAUGGAUACAUUUCUGCUAUAA